AUGGAAAACUUACAACAACGUUCAGCGUUUCAUAAAGUGAAUACACCCGAUACGACUGGUAGAAGCUGGUGGCUGCUAUCACAAGACGGUGGUUUGCUCAAUGUUCGAAGUCUUUUAGAUGAUCUUCGUGUAUUACCGACAUCGUUGAUUAUCGAAAAUCCAGGAAUCGGUUACAAACCGAAUAUUCCAUUACCGCUUACUUCGCCGAUCAUUUGGAUAAGUGAAACAAAUAAAAAUGCUCGAUCCAAACGAUACGUUCAAGCUUUAACAGACUUUUUAAAAGAUUACACGAUGAAUAGCACGCAACGAGAAUUAAAAUGCAGUGAGGAUCAAUUGAGACCAUAUAGUAAAUUAAAGCCCUGUUUCUUUGAUGUAAAAAGUCUCGGUACUUGCGGAAAAGCUCCUUACGGAUAUACGAUACCGAUUCAGCCUUGUGUUCUGAUUAAAUUCAAUAAAAGACUUGGUUGGAUUCCGCAUUAUUAUAAUCGAUCUUCUGUAUUACCACGUACUAUGCCAAAUUUUUUGAAAAAAAUCAUUAAGAAAUCAGAUAAAGUCUAUAUUUGGUUAUCUUGCAAUGGAGCAGACAACAUAGACAAGGAACAUAUCGGAAAAAUUGAAUACAUUCCUAAUCCUGGCUUCCCUAUUGAAUAUUUUCCAUUUAGAGGGCAAAAAGAUUAUGUAUCUCCUGUCGUCGCUAUAAAAUUUAAGAAUCUCACACCAAAUAGACUUUUGACGGUACAAUGUAUAGUGUGGAGUUCUAAUGUAAUACAACCUACCAGUUAUUAUAUGGAUUUUCAAAUAAUCAUUGGUAAAGAAUUAUCGUUAUACAGUAAAAAUGAUCGGUCGAACUGCAGACAUCAUAAGGAAUAG